AUGAUGUUGAGAAAUUCCGCCACUAGAUUUAUUUUUAAUAGGUCAUCAACUAUUGCUAUUAGAGCCAAGUUUCCAUCAGGAAUAGCCACUAGCAACAAUAUUAAUCCAAGCACUUUAAGGAGUUAUUCUUCUUCUUUGAUUAGAAAUUAUAGGUUCUACUCUUCUGAAUCUAAAAAACCAGAAGAAAAAGAAGAGCAAGAGGAAAAAAAGGAUGAAGACGAAAAUUGUGUUCAUGAUACUGCCAAAGUUACAGAAUUACAAGAAAAAUUAGAAAAAAAAGAAGUUGAACUCAAAAAGGUUAAAGAUCAUUAUUUAAGAUCUGUUGCUGAUUUUAGAAACUUGCAAGAAACCACCAAAAAAGAUAUUGCUAAGGCUAAAGACUAUGCAUUACAAAGAUUUGCCAAAGACUUAUUAGAAAGCGUUGAUAACUUUGGUCAUGCUUUAUCUUCUUUCAAGCCAGAAUCUUUGGCUGAAAGCAAAGAGUUGGCUGAUUUAUAUGAUGGUGUAAAGAUGACUAGAGACAUCUUUGAGAAAACUUUGACUAAACACGGUAUUCAAAAACUGAACCCAAUCGGUGAACAAUUUGAUCCAAAUAAGCAUGAAGCUACUUUUGAAUUGGCCCAACCAGAUAAAGAACCAGGUACCGUUUUCCACGUUCAACAAGUUGGAUUUACUUUGAAUGACAGAGUCAUAAGACCAGCCAAAGUUGGCGUUGUUAAAGAUCCAGAAAAUUAA